CUGAAAACAUGGAGAGAAGGGACGUUUGGGCAGGGCUUGAGAUGGCGGCAGUGCUGGUGCUCGUGGGGCUUUUGGCGGUGGAAGCGCAGGCACAAGACACAUCCUGCUUGAGCCGGUUAGCUCCUUGCCUGAACUACCUCAAUGGGACUCAAGACCCGCCAAGCUCCUGCUGCGACCCUCUGAAGUCCGUGAUAAGCUCGGACCCCAAAUGCCUGUGCAGCUUGAUCAGCAACCAGGGCGCCCAGCAGGCCGAGCAGGCCGGCAUCAAUGUGAACGAGGCUCAGCAGUUGCCUGGCCGGUGCGGGCAACACGUCAAUCCCAUCGCUUGCCUCUCGGGUUCUCCUAGUUCCGGGAAUUCAGAUGAAAACUCGGCUGGCCUCUUUCUAGGUUCGUCGUUGAGGACGCCGCUGGCGAUCGUAGCUCUGCUGGUGACUGCUCAGAUUCUGUGGGAUUAGAACAGUCGGUUUCCUUUGAUCAUGCUUCGACUGACUACUGAUCUGUGUCACAACUGUACUAUGGUGUUUGUUAUUUUUUUACAUUCUUUUAGCUUCCUUCUUUAAGUAAUUGUUUUGAUUUAUCGGGCUAUGAAUUUUCUCAAUAAACGCUGCUUUUAUUGAGAAUAAAUCCCUGUUA